AUGACUUCUCGGGACCAGUUGGUGCAGCAGGUGCUGCGGGAUCUUCAGGAGGCAGUGGAGUCUGAAGGCCUGGAAGGUCUUGUUAGUGCCGCCCUUGAAGCUAAACAGAUCCUAUCUUCCUUUACCCUCCCCACCUGCCGGAAGGGUGGCCCUGGGCUCCAGGUGCUGGAGGUAGACUCUGUGGCCCUGAGUCUGUACCCAGAAGAUGCUCCACGGAACAUGCUGCCGCUGGUGUGCAAGGGUGAGGGCAGCCUGUUGUUUGAAGCAGCCAGCAUGCUGCUAUGGGGGGAUGCUGGUCUCAGCCUGGAGCUGCGGGCCCGCACUGUGGUGGAGAUGCUGCUGCACAGACACUAUUAUCUCCAGGGCAUGAUUGACUCCAAGGUGAUGUUGCAGGCCGUGCGCUACUCCCUAUGUUCUGAGGAGUCCCCUGAGAUGACCAGCUUGUCUUCUGCCACGCUGGAGGCCAUCUUUGAUGCUGAUGUCAAGGCUACUUGCUUCCCUACCAGUUUCUCCAACGUGUGGCACUUGUACGCCCUUGCCUCGGUUCUCCAGCGCAACAUCUAUUCCAUCUAUCCUAUGCGAAACAUUAAGAUCCGACCCUAUUUUAACCGGGUCAUCCGGCCUCGCCGCUGCAACCACGUGCCCUCCACGCUGCACAUAAUGUGGGCUGGCCAGCCCCUCACUAGCCACCUCUUCCGCCACCAAUACUUUGCCCCUGUGGUGGGACUGGAGGAGGUGGAGGCCGAUGGUGGUGCUAGCCAGGCCCCAGCUCCUCCAGCCCUGGGCCCUCUGCUACCACCAACCAAAACCCUGGAGCUGCUCAACCGUGAACCUGGCCUCAGCUAUUCCCACCUCUGUGACCGUUACAACAUCACCAAGAGCACCUUCUAUCGAUGGCGGAGGCAGACCCAGGAGCACCGCCAGAAGGUGGCCACCCGCUUCUCUGCCAAGCACUUCCUUCAGGACAGCUUCCACCGCGGGGGCCUUGUUCCCCUGCAACAGUUUCUCCAGAGGUUCCCUGAGAUCUCCCGCUCCACCUACUAUGCCUGGAAGCACGAGCUGCUGGGCUCUGGGGCCUGCUCGGCCCUGGCACCUGCCCCUCCACCCAGGGAGGCCCUGAUUGUGUCAGAGCUGGAGAAGCUGCCAAGGGAGAAGGCUGCUGAGGGGCUGGGAUGCUCCCCGCUGGCAGUACCAAACCCUGGCAUGGUCUUAAUGCAGCGGGCCAAGUCCUACCUGGAGCAUUGCAUCUCUCUGAACACACUGGUACCCUAUCGCUGCUUCAAAUGCAGGUUUCCUGGCAUCUCGAGGUCCACUUACUACAACUGGCGGCGAAAAGCCCUCAGGAGGAAUCCCAGCUUCAAGCCGGCCCCAGCCCUUGCAACCACUGAGGCUCUGCAACCAGUGUCUGUUGGGGAAGAGGCCCUGCUGUCUUGGAAGGAUGACAUGGGAGCCGGGACAGGGAAAGCAGUUGGUGGAGGGCCACUUACUCCCCAGGAGUUCUUAUCUCCAAAGAUGCCCCUGUCCCGUUGGCAGAGGCGCCUGCGCAGGGCUGCCCGCAAGCAGGUGCUAAGUGGUCACCUGCCUUUCUGUCGUUUCCGCCUCCGGUACCCUAGCCUGUCACCCUCUACCUUUUGGGUCUGGAAAAGUCUUGCCCGGGGAUGGCCCAGGAUGCAGGCUCCCUCUUUGGGCAAAGGGAAGCAGGAGCCAGAAGUGCAGCAGGAGAUGGAGGACCGGCUUGAGGUGGAAACUGUCAAGGAUGUGACAGCUGUGAUGGUUCCUCCUGGGGAGACCUUGUCAGUGGUUCCUGCUUCAGAAAAGGCUCCCGAAGAGGCUCAGGGAGGGUUUUCUAGAGAGGGGAUCCUGCAAGAGGGGGUCCUGCAAGAGGGGACCAUGACCCAGAGUCAGCCCCACAUUGGGACCCUGACAAACCAGACUCUGGUGGCAGCAGGGGGGAGGGAUGGCCAGGUAUUGGUGAUGGACAUGCUUGCCACCACAAAAUUCAAGGCCCAGGCCAAGCUGUUCUUGCAGAAGCGCUUCCAGUCUAAAAGCUUCCCUUCCUACAAGGAAUUCCGGGCUCUCUUCCCCUUCACUGCCCGCUCUACCUACUACAUGUGGAAGAGGGCACUCUAUGAAGGCCUCACUCUGGUUGAUGGCUGA